GUACAUAAUAUUCACAAUUCCCUAAUCUUCACAUCUUCCAUCCAAACAAAUUGCUCUCCCUUUCCCAUCUCCAUAUAAUCAUAUAUUAUCAGCAAACAUGUACAGAGUAGCCAAAGCGUCAGAGUACUUAGUCAUCACCGGUGGGGGCGUCCAAGACAUAAAGCUAGCCAAGAAGGCAUGGGUUUUCCCAGGUCAAUCCUGCACCGUCUUCGACCUCUCCCCCGUCAACUACACCUUCGAAGUCCAAGCCAUGAGCGCCGAGAAACUCCCCUUCCUUCUCCCGGCAGUUUUCACCAUCGGCCCACGUGUCGACGACCCCGCCAGCCUCCUCAAAUACGCCAAACUCAUCUCACCUCACGACAAGCUCUCCAACCACGUCAAAGAGCUCGUUCAAGGCAUCAUCGAAGGCGAAACCAGAGUCCUCGCUGCCUCCAUGACCAUGGAAGAAAUCUUCAAAGGCACCAAGGAAUUCAAACAAGAAGUGUUUGCAAAAGUCCAGCUGGAGCUCAACCAGUUCGGUCUCCUCAUCUACAACGCCAACGUGAAACAACUGGUCGACGUUCCGGGUCAUGAGUAUUUCUCUUACUUGGGUCAGAAGACCCAGAUGGAGGCUGCUAACCAGGCGAAAAUAGACGUGGCAGAGGCGAGGAUGAAGGGUGAGAUCGGAGCUAAGACCAGAGAGGGACAGACACUGCAAAACGCGGCGAGGAUUGAUGCGGAUACGAAGAUUAUAGCGACGCAGAGGCAAGGGGAGGGGAAGAAAGAGGAGAUAAAGGUGAAGACGGAGGUUAAGAUUUAUGAGAACCAGAGGGAUGCAGAGGUGGCGGAGGCGAAUGCGGAGCUGGCGAAGAAGAAGGCAGGGUGGGCCAAGGUGUCCCAGAUGGCGGAGGUGGAGGCGUCUAAAGCUGUGGCCUUGAGAGAGGCUGAGUUGCAGAAAGAGGUGGAAGUGAUGAACGCCAUGACACGGACGGAGAAGCUUAAGGCUGAGUUCCUUAGUAAAGCUAGUGUGCAAGAAGCAAACUGGGAGCUUUACAGGAAGCAGAAAGCAGCGGAAGCAAUUCUGUACGAAAAAGAAAAAGAAGCAGAAGCCCAAAGAGCAAUAGCCGACGCUGGCUUCUACGCCCGUCAACAAGUCGCCGACGGAGAGUUAUAUGCGAAGCACAAGGAAGCCGAAGGUCUCGUGGCACUCGCUCAAGCCCAAGGCGUUUACCUACGCACCCUCCUCGACGCACUAGGCGGCAACUACGCCGCCCUUCGGGACUUCUUGAUGAUCAACUCCGGUGUGUUCCAGGAACUUGCCAAGAUUAACGCCGACGCCGUCCGUGGAUUGCAGCCCAAGAUCAGUGUAUGGACUUCCGGCGCUGGCGACGCAACGGGAAAUGCCGCCGAAGGUGGAAGUAACGGUGCUGGGUUGAAGGAGAUCGCGGGGGUUUAUGGGAUGUUGCCGCCGCUGUUCAAAACGGUUCACGAGCAAACCGGUAUGUUGCCGCCGGCUUGGAUGGGGACGUUGACUAGUACCGAGUCUUCGAAUUAAACGAUGCCGUUGAAUUUAUUAACGGUGCAGAUCAAUUUGCUGACGUUAUCAUUUUAUUCAUCUUUCAUAUAUAUAUAUGUCUGUGUGGGUAUGAUAAGUAAUGUCAUAUAUAUAUAUAUAUAUAUAUGUGACGUGGAUAUUAGUAUUGGGAGUUUUAUGGGCCCCUUUUUUCC